CAAGAAAAUUAUAAAUAAAUCAUAUCCUGGAGGAAAAGAAACAACAAGCACCAAUUGGAUUUUUUUUUUUGUAACCAAUUGGAUUUUCCAUGGCUACAAAAGAAAGAUCCUCUCCGAGACAACACAUAUAGAGAUUCCUUAACUUCUUCUCUCAGAAAUAAGAGAAAAAGGUUUUAACUCUGAGAUGGGCUACAAGAAACUGAUGACUGGUGGGACGUCAAGCAGAGGCCAUAGGGAUCCUCUCUUGCAGAACAACCAGGAUAGAACGAAAGAAAAUGGAGAAGAGACGAUCGAGAAUGGUAAAACUGAUCUCGAGAGCGGUGUAGCUGAGGCAGCAAAUGUUGGGUUUGGCAGAGUCUUUUCGUUGGCAAAACCUGAUGCAGGGAAGCUAGUGAUUGGUACCAUCGCUUUGUUAAUAGCUUCAACAACUAAUCUCCUCGUUCCCAAAUUUGGUGGAAUGAUUAUAGACAUUGUAUCCAGAGAUGUCAAGACGCCUGAACAGCAAUCUGAAUCCAUUCUUGCUGUUAGAAACGCUGUCAUAGUCAUUCUGCUUAUCGUUGUUGUCGGAUCUUUGUGCACGGCUUUGCGGUCGUGGCUGUUUAACUCUGCCAGCGAAAGAGUUGUGGCUCGACUGAGAAAGGAUCUGUUCAAACACCUAAUGCAUCAGGAAAUAGCAUUUUAUGAUGUGACGAAAACUGGAGAGCUCUUAAGUAGACUUUCUGAAGACACACAAAUCAUUAAAAACGCCGCUACUACAAAUCUUUCUGAAGCUCUUCGCAAUGUAACAACGGCCCUUAUUGGAGUUGGUUUCAUGUUUUCAUCUUCUUGGAAACUAACAUUGUUGGCAUUAGUAGUAGUUCCAUUAAUCUCCAUUGCUGUUAAGCAAUUCGGGCGUUAUCUCCGCGAACUUUCACACAAAACUCAAGCAGCUGCUGCUGUUGCUGCAUCCAUUGCUGAGGAAUCUUUUGGCGCAAUCCGAACAGUUAGAUCGUUUGCGAAAGAAAGUUAUAUGGUCUCACAAUACUCCAAGAAAGUUGAUGAGACUCUGAAGCUAGGACUCAAACAAGCUGUACUUGUCGGGUUGUUCUUUGGAGGACUAAACGCAGCUUUCACGUUAUCUGUGAUUACUGUUGUUAGUUAUGGAGCAUACUUAACAAUAACUGGUUCCAUGACUGUCGGAGCACUCACUUCCUUCAUUCUUUAUAGUCUCACAGUUGGUUCAUCGGUAUCUUCUUUAUCAAGUUUGUACACAACUGCGAUGAAAGCUGCAGGUGCUAGUAGACGGGUUUUUCAGAUCUUGGACCGUGUUUCUAGCAUGCCAAAUUCAGGGGAUAAGUGUCCUGUAGGUAAUCCUGAUGGAGAUGUGGAAAUAAAUGAUGUCUGGUUUGCUUAUCCUUCUCGCCCUAGUCACAUGAUACUGAAGGUAACAUAUAACGUUUGGCAUUAUGAAAAUUUGAUUUUUGAGCUAUUUAACUCUAUGUUAACUGAAUUUGUGCAGGGGAUAACGUUGAGGUUGACACCAGGUUCAAAAGUUGCACUUGUAGGACCAAGUGGUGGAGGAAAAACGACCAUAGCCAAUUUGAUAGAGAGAUUCUAUGAUCCUGUCAAGGGAAAGAUUUUGCUUAAUGGAGUUUCUUUGAUGGAAAUAUCUCAUCAGUACCUUCACAAACAGAUCAGCAUUGUCAGCCAAGAACCGAUUCUUUUCAACUGUUCCGUGGAAGAGAACAUCGCUUAUGGAUUUGACGGUGAAGCUACUCUUUCAGAUAUAGAAAAUGCAGCGAAAAUGGCGAAUGCACACGAGUUCAUAGAAACAUUCCCAGAUAAGUACAAAACGGUUGUUGGAGAACGUGGGGUACGUCUCUCAGGAGGACAGAAACAAAGGAUUGCAAUCGCGAGGGCGCUUCUUACAAACCCGAGAGUCUUGCUCCUCGAUGAAGCAACAAGUGCACUCGAUGCUGAAAGCGAAUAUCUUGUUCAGGAUGCUAUGGACUCGUUGAUGGCGGGAAGAACGGUUCUGGUGAUAGCUCAUAGGUUAUCGACUGUUAAGACAGCAGACUGUGUGGCGGUUAUAUCAGAUGGUCAAGUGGCUGAGAAAGGGACUCAUGAGGAGCUUCUUAGCUUUAAUGGAAUCUACACUAAUCUUGUCAAGAGGCAGCUUCAAAGUUCUUCCUCUGUAACCAACCUGUGAGAUAAUAGUAUACUUUUUAAAUUUAACAAGACAAGUGAUCGUUGAUCAUUCGUUGUCUGUGAAACUAGAACCUUCUCUAUGAACUAGAUGGUCGACGACAUAAAAUAAUGUCUAUUAUUUGAAAAAUCUUAUUUGAAAAAUCUGUUUUUAUGGAGAA